CCGCGCGAUCAAGGAGGUCUCUUGCAGUCUGUAUGCAGCAUCUACUUCAUUCUGCUCUUCCCCCUUUUAACCAGGGAGAACGAAAGUUUGUUUACAACGCGCGCUUUCGACCGUAUUCGGGCCGAUUUUUUAGCGAUUGGCUGCACUUGGCGACCGAAUACGGCGAUGGCUGCUUGGCCGAUGAUUCUGGACAUCCCUAAGUCUGAAUGCAGCCGCAUUCUUCGUCGCAUGGAGCUCAUGGCUUAUGCUUCGUGCAUCUCGGUGCUCAGGGCCCAGGGCCCGUUAACCAAGGAGAAGCGCCUGGCCAUCGAGAACCUGCGGAAGAUACUACACAUUAAAACGGAUCAGCACAAGACAGAGGUCCGCAGAGUGGUCAACGAUGAGAUGCUCACAACCAUCGCUGAAAAGUUGUACGGUGCCAACACCGAGUUGGACUGGGCCGUGGAGGGUCGCAGGCUAGUGCCUCUGGUUAAGAGGCUCGAGCCCAUCACCGCGUACACACCGAUUGCCAACGAAGUGGCUGAUAUGACUCAUAUCAUAAACGCGUCUCUGCCGCCACCACGGGAGCCCUCUCGUUCACCCACUCCCGAAACAGACGAUGCUGAGGAAACCAUGGAAGAAAUGGAGCAAGCGGCCCCACCGCCUCAACCUCCCCCACCGCCGCCACCGCCGCAGCCUGUCAUUCCACCUCCAGUACAGAUGCCCAUCAAAGUUUUGCAAACUUUGCACCCUACUCCAGCUGCGGCUGCGGCGCCUGUGCUUCCUCCUCAUACACAUACGGUCAAGGUGGAAAAAGCAGCUACUAGAAAAAGGCGAAUCCUUUCAUCAGAACACACUACUCAAAACAUACCUCCACCAUCAAAGAUUCCAUACAUCCCACCAACAUCAACUACAUCUCGAACUGUGUCUAUUCCUGUUGGAAUGUCCAGUCCUAGUACCAGACUGCCAAAUAUCCCAACGGCAAUUCGGCCAAGCACUUCCACAGCAUCUCCUAAGGUAUUAGUUGUCUCAAGCUCCCAGAGCUCGUCGACACCAAGCCUGCUGCACCGAUCCCUUAGUGUCCCUAUGGUGAAAACUGUCAAAUCAAUUGGGACUGGUCUCAUGAGCACAUCUUCGUCCCCAAGCACGUCCUCAUAUCAAGGUUCUCUGGGCGCACCACUCCUCAGCGCGCCUAGAAUUCGGCCCAAAAAUAUGGCUCCUCCAACAGUUCUUCCUAAGGGCCGAGCUGGCCCGAUUGUGAUCGCCCAAAAUCUGCCAGGGCCGUCAGGAAUGCAGCUCAGACCGCCGCCAAUGGUGCAAACCAAGCCCACAUUGCAGCCGGUGCAUGUUAAACAAGACGCCAGUGGCGUCAAAGUUAUUUCUGGCAGUCACAAAAUUACUCCCAAGCCGCCAACAGUUUCAGUUACAAGUGGUGUGAACAGGGUUGUGUCAAUUGCGUCUGCUCCCAGGAUUAAUCCAGUGGUGACGAGCAGCCCUCAAGCCAUAGUCUCUGCUCCUGGAACAAACCAACCAACUACUUUGCCAACGUCCAUGCCAAGUUCAGUGAAACCUCUGACGCUCAACUUCCCUACAGCUCCCAAUGUGCAGCCCAAGCAAAAUGUAAUUUUGGUUAAAAAAGGAGGCAGUGGAGGACUGGCCUCAGUGCCGUCUCAAGGGAACAUAGCUGUUUCAGGACCUGGCCGGGUCGUUAUCCAAGGCACACCAAAUCCUCCUAGUGCAAAAAUGGCAUCCGCUGGAGACCCUACCUCUUCUUUGGCUUAUUUGAACCUCCCUCAUGGCAGCAGACAGGGCAAUGUGUUUGUUUUGGACCUGAGCCAGGAGCAAAUUAACAAGAACAGCUCACUAUCUGAGUUUCUUCAAACAGCUGGAAUUCUUACCAAGCCAAACAAAUUUGAAGGAAUCGAGGACCAGCACAUUGUCAAAGAAAUUGUUCCUACUCCUGGGCCAAGUGAAACUAAAACAGUUGUCAAAGAAACUCAGGCCAAACCAGUGGUAGCUCCCCCUUCAAAGCUCAAAACAAAAAUCCUGCGUGCUGUCCCGACAAGAGCGAAAACUCAAGAGCCAUCAGAAUAUUCAAUUAAACUAGUGUCGGGUCGGGCGUCUGUGGAAAGCGCGUCUCCCAUGGUGCAGGCCAAAGUGGUGCGCGAAAUUGCUUCUAAAGGCACAGAACCUCGGAUAAUUAAAGUUGAUGAGGUUGCCAAGGAGGUUGCCCCCAAAAAAGGGGCGAAAGAGCCCCCCAAGAUCGAGGUCAAGCUGCAGCCAUCGAUCAAGCCAAAGCAGCAAGAUAUUUCCCUGGAGUCUGAAAAGAUUAUUGUCAACCUAAUAGAGCAGAUGGUUGAAAAGUCAGGCACUCCUGAACCAACUCCUUCAACAGCAAAGCCAGUCGUAAAAGUGGCCAGUGAGGAUUCUUUGCAGGAAUUCUUGACAUUCAAGAAAUCUGAAAGUGGUGUAACCAGCAAUAAAGUCAUUGCGAUACUGCAGGACGAGCCUUCUGUCAAUGUUGAAAUUUCUGCUGGGCUUCCUAAUAUAGACAACACUGUAGAGGUGAAAACUGUUCAAGAAGGAGACAACAAAACAUAGCUUUCAUCGCAAGAGUUGUUGCUCUCACCCAAUGAACUCAAAUUUUAAUUACAACUUAAAUAUAUUGUUUGUAUUUUAUUAAACAUUAAAUUCAUUUUAUGGUGGCUAUAAUAAGAACUCAUUUCGUAGACAUGAGGUAAACUAACUAAAGUUGUGUAUUGACUCAUUUUAAUGUUAAUAUAAAUAUCCUGAAAUGUGAGCCAAGAUAUUUACAAAAUGAAAAUUAACGCAACCAAACAGCAAAGUGUUCAAAAGCAUCAUAUUAUAUUGCUCUCGUUAUACAUGGUGUGACAAAAAUGGAGAAAUUAAACUAAAAAAGGUAUUGAAUUUGAAGCAAUAUACAAUCGAAAUUUCAUUUAAUUUUUUGUAUAUCGUUUGAAACCUUGUAAGCUUAAUUAAACUACUAAUAUAGUUUUACAAAAUACAGCAGAAUGUUCUCGCUUGCCUUUUUAAAUUAAAGUAAAAAAGAUUCACAGCA